AUGUUCUCCUCGGCGCUCCGAUCUAUUGCUCCCACCAACAUCUCCAGCAACUAUUCCGUCUCAUCGGCGCCCACCUCCCGAGCUGGGCCAUGGAACAUCUACGAUGCGAAGAAGAAGUCGACCGGCAAGGUCUAUAGCGUGUUCGUCUUUGACAAAAAAUCAGUCGAUUCCCAUGGCAGCUCAUUGGGGCGCUCCGGCGGCGGUUCCUCCUUCAAGAAGACCAUGGAGGAGGUGGUGGAGCGGUUGAAAAAGGAGGCAUCGAGUCUGGCCAAGUUACGGCACCCCAGCAUCCUCGAAUUGGUGGAGCCAGUGGAAGAGACGAGAGGUGGAGGGCUGCAGUUUGUUACCGAGCCCGUGACUGCUUCUUUAGCGAGCGCCCUGCAAGAAAAGGACGAUCAAGAGAGGUCAGGAGGUCCAGGUGGACGAGGGAGUCGAUACGUCACCGAGGAUGCAGACGGCGUGCGCCGUCGAAGGGAAUUGGAGAUUGAUGAGUUGGAGAUUCAAAAGGGACUGCUACAACUAAGCAAAGCUCUUGAGUUCUUGCACGAUCAUGCGGGGCUUGUCCACGGAAACCUCACCCCCGAUGCGGUACUAAUCAAUGCCAAGUCCGAUUGGAAACUCAGCGGCCUCGCAUUCUGCAGCCCUAUCGAAGGUUCGUCGAAGCCAACAUCGAUCCAUGGCAUCAACUUAUACGAGGUUCUGAACAUGGAUCCCCGAUUACCAAGAUACAUCCAACUGAACCUGGACUACACAUCACCCGAUUUUGUCAUGGACAACAACAUGACAGCGGCGGCUGACAUGUUCUCGUUGGGAAUUCUAUGCGUCACCCUAUACAAUUCUCCCCACAAGUCACCACUGGAGUCUCACGGCAGCGUAUCAUCCUACAAGAGAAUGUUCACAUCCUCGUCGACCAUCCCCUCCACCUCAAACAAAUUCCUCUCUUCUCGCCCGAUUCCCAAAGACCUCACGCUCCACGUUCUGCCUCGACUCAUCACCAGACGGCCGGCUCAGCGUCUGACCGCCAAGGAGUUCCAGGAAAGCGAAUAUUUCGACAACGUUCUCAUCUCAACCAUCCGCUUCUUGGAUGCCUUCCCGGCCAAAACUCCCAGCGAGAAGGGUCAGUUCAUGCGGGGUCUUGUCAAGGUCUUGCCAUCAUUCCCCAAGUCUGUGACAGAGAAAAAGAUCCUUCCCGCACUAUUGGAGGAGCUUAAAGAUAGGGAGCUUCUAUCUCUGAUUCUCCAAAACGUCUUCAAGAUUAUUGAUCUUCUUCCUUCAUCGCGGCGUGUAUUUGGCGAGAAGGUCAGACCAGCCUUGAAAGAAAUCUUUGUCACCAAUGCCCCCAAACAAGGUCAAGAAAAGGAUGCUGCUCGAGACGCCGGCCUGAUGGUCUUCCUAGACAACCUUGCCGUAUGUGCUGACAACUGCAAUGGCAAAGAGUUCAAAGACGAUAUAUUCCCUGUCAUGUUAGCUGCUAUUGAGUGUCCUACGCAUAGCAUCAUUGAUGCGUCCUUGAAGAGCUUGCCCGUCGUAUUACCCGUGCUCGACUUCACCACCAUUAAGAAUGAGCUGUUCCCCGUCAUUGCUGCCGUUUUUACUCGGACCAACAGUCUUGCAAUCAAGGUCCGAGGUCUACGGGCAUUUGUCAUUCUUUGUGGAGGAACAGCGGACCAAGCUGCGGAUGAUGGGCUGAACGGGCUCUCAACACAAAGCAAGAAGACAUCCUCCUCCUCUGCCCUUGACAAGUACACGAUGCAGGAGAAGAUCAUACCGCUCGUGAAAGGAAUCAAGACGAAGGAGCCAGCGGUGAUGAUCGCUGCUCUAAACGUUCUCCGCAUUGUUGGUGGAGUUGCCGACGCUGAGUUCGUGGCCAUGGAAAUUCUCCCUAUUCUUUGGAGCAUGAGUCUUGGCCCCCUCCUUGAGCUAAAGCAAUUCCAAACUUUCAUGGAACUCAUCAAGUCACUAUCAAGGAGGGUUGAGGAUGAGCAGACCAAGAAGCUCCAAGAGCUCAGCGGUCUCGUCAAAACGCCCAACCCUAACAACGAUGAUUUCCUCGCAUUUGGCGGGGUAACAGGAACUGGCUUCGACCAGUCCAAUGGCACCACCGAGGACGACUUUGAGUCACUAGUCAAGGGUCGCUCGAAACCACAGGCCUCUCCCUCAAGCGCAAGUGCUGGCAACAGCGGUUUCGCCAACUGGGACGACUCGCCUGCUCCCGCGACGUCUGCCCCGCCGUCUAUAUCACGGUCAUCCACCAACACGCCACCAGCUUUCUCAUGGUCCACCCCUCCCCCCGGGGCUGGCUCUGCUCCUCCAAGCAAUGUCGCCAAACCCCAGCAAGCAUCCAGUUUCCGUACAGUGACCCCUGAUCUGGGACGCUUCGAAGCCAUGAAACCCUCUUCCACGCAGUUCAGCCAGCCCUUGCAGCCUUCCCCUCUGAAUCAACAAAGACAACCCGUACGGCAACCGUCCUCCUCCUCCGUCACCUCCACCAACACCACUAAGAGCAACGCGAUCAACUGGGCAACCGCGUCAUCGGGGGCAACAGCAAACCCCUGGGCGUCUACUUCUACCACAUCGACCAUGCAGCCUAUGCAAUCCAUGCAGCCUCAGCAAUCCUCCUUUGGAUCCGGCAUGUCCCUCAACAAUUCCCGAACCCCCUCGUCCGGCUUCUCCCUCCCUCCCCCACCAUCCUCCGGCUUCAGCAUCGCCCCGCCGCCAUCCCACUCCCAGCCCAAGCAGCAGCAACAGCAACCGAUAGCCUGGCAGGGGUCAUCGACAAUGAGCAUGAACAGCAUGAUGGGUUCCACCGGCAGCAUACAGCCACCCCCGGCACAGCCUCAGCAGCAAAAGCAAGCCUCCGGGUUAGAUAAAUACGAAAGUCUAAUUUGA